AUGACCAGUCUUCAAGAAGUUACAGGAAUCAAUUUUGAGAUCGUCCUCGAGAAUUUUCAACAGGACUUCAAGGAGAUUGUGAUAAAUCAGAAAAAUGAGGUUAGAAAUGUUCCACGUCCGAUUUCGAAAUAUUUCCGUAGAUUUAAUCUCUUGCUGCGGCAUAAGAGCUUGGAUUAUCCAAAAUCUUGAUUUUCUGUCAUGUGUAAAGAAGUACGGCAUUAUCUUUUGCACAGAAAUCGGGGUCAAAUACUGCACGGGUGGCGAAGGGCAAAUAAUGUUAGGCAAUGUUGACUCUCAGGAUAAGAAUUGCUUAUUAAAUGUCCAUUUUGUUUCGAAACUCAGCAGCUCAGAUAUGGAGCAAUUUUUAAUUGUCUCUCAAGACAGAAUGAUCGUCUUUUCGCGUGGAAAUUAGACUUAUUAAUCUUGUUCUCGAAAUGCCAAGAACCAAGUUUCUUUAGUGGGUGUGGUUGAGUUUGCUUACUACGAACAAUUUCAUCUGCCAUUUUUACGCAAUAGUAUUCCGCUCUAUUUGAGGAAUAGUUUCUCGUUGCUGAUUCUUCCGAUAAUGGAAAAAACUUUACUGAUAUUUAAACAGUGUACCUUUGUUAAAGAACCAAUAUUUUUGUACAAAUUAGCAAUCUUUGAUAUGUUGCUCGGAUUUGUUCAGCCUUUCUUGUGCAAUAUUCAAAAGUUUCAGAAACUUAAGUUUGUCCGGCCAGAGCGUUGCUUGUGAAUUCAAAGAUGAGUGCGCUUGAAAUAUCGAGAAACAAGACUGUCAAUGCUUAUCGUUUCUUUAAAACAAUUAUCAAGAGUUCGUUACUUAAUUUUUGUUUUUAAAUGCAAAUAAUUAGGUUCGUGUGUUUGUUUGGAAGUUGCUCUCUCAGAGUCCUGAAAAGGGGAUAAAGUUAUAGCUUUUGCAACGUUGCUUGAACGAACUUUGAAUAACAUUGUUUUUAGUCUAAGAAGUCUACGUGUUUCAAUAACCGAUGCAUAUUUACGGGGGCACCAAAAUUACGUCCUAAAUGUAGAUUGAGUUUGAUGCAAAAUAUGCGAAAUCUAGCUUAAAAGUGUUAAAAUAAAUCGAAUACGCUGGCGCUGUCGUGGAUGUUUGACAAAUAAGUUAAAAGAGGUCCCCAGUAAACAUCCUUCAAAUUGACUUUCAAUUUGUCGGUUAGUCUCUCACAAAUCACUCAUUGAUGAAUUGUUUUAUCUAAAGGAAUGAGCGAUAUGAGCCUCUACCUCCAAACAAACUCAUUUCGAUUUUUUGUGGUAAUGGAGAGGCAGAACUUGCCUUACUGCAACCAAGUUACACCAUUCGCAUACGGAUAUUUGAAUCCUGGUAAACCUAGGCAAGAUUGACUCUCUUAUAUAACUCUUGUACAAAACCAUCGAAGAAUGAAACAAAAAAGGUAUAAUUAUGUACUCCAGGAAGAUUUGCAUACCAAUUCAUAUCGAGUGAAUUGACGAAGUCAUUAUAGUUCUUUCUGUGAUCACCUCGUAUUUGAGAAAUUUACUAUGGAAGCGUCAUCCUGGAAAUCUAAAAUUACCCAAUUUCAGUUUUUUUUCCCGAUGAAAUCUUUCAAAACUUUAAAAACGUUUUCCAAAAGGGGUUGUUGGCGUCUUUUGUUGUUGCUACUGAAUUAAAUUGCGCGCAUAUAAUUACACCAAUCACACCACUAGUGAACAGCAAAUUAGAUGCGGGAGAGAGAAACGUGAUGUAAAAACGGAUGACAUGUAGAAAUUUAGAUAAUGUGUGUAACGAAUUUUUCGGGAGAGAAGGCAGAAGCUAAGGAAAAGGAUAAUUUAGUGGAAUAGUUUAGUAUAAAUUUAGUUUUAAUUUUUUCUGAACGUCUCUUUUGUGUUGGGUAACAAAGGCUUUAAAUUUGAUAUUGGAUGUUAAAUUUGAUAUUGGAUGUAAAUAAAUUUAUCCAACCGCAGAGCAAAAGCUAAGAUUUUAUAUAACCAUGCCACCAUAUUAAAUACAAGGAAUGUAUAAUUAUUAGCUUAAUCAUUACCGAAUUUAAAUGAAGAAUUCCUCUUUAUCAUUAUGCUUGCAGAACAACAUCUUUCGGAAAUAUCUAUCUGCCUUUUAGGUUUAACUUGUUUUAACACUGCGCUCAAAUAAAGCACAGAAUGGUUAGAAUAGCAAAAAAUUUUCACAAGAGGCAAAGAGAUGGACAGUUUGGUACACCUCUCGUUCAAACAAACAAUUGUUUUAAAAUCCAUCAGAAAGAAAAUCGAUGAACAUAGACUUUUAUGUCGGAGUUAAUUUCCGAGGCAACGAUAUAUGAUAACAAAAUCUGUUACACUUUUAGGAUUUAUAUCUGUUUUGGAAAAUCUUCCAUAAUUUUGUGUUCAUACAAGCAUCCAAAACCGGUCUAUUCUGUCACUAUGUAGCUUUUCAGCUCAGGUCACCUGAUUAGAACUGUUGAAGUGAAAAAGCUUCAAUCUGUCUUCGAUAGUUUCUCAGAGCGUAGUGAGUUUAAAUUCAGGUUUAAAUACGGUUUAACUUUAUUUUAGGAAUUGAAAACUGACACAUUUCAUUUGUUUUAUUUCCAAGGAAUAUUUGUCUACGUUGGAGAAAAAUGACAUCAUUCAGGAAUUCGUUUCUCUUAAUGAAAAAAUCAACCAAUUGAACGAAAGCUUUAACUGUGUUCAUCUGGAAAAAGGUAAGAUAGAUGAAGCUUUUGCAAGUUUAAGACACAACCACGAAAGCCCAGGAUUUAAUGGCGAUAGAUUUGACAACCUUGAUUUGGCCACCCAGAGGAUCUCAGAACUUCAAGAGGAGGUUAAACGAUUGAAAGCCGAAGAUAAAGGAACAUCUCUCAGUCAGUUUUCCUCAAUGGAGACUGCUCUCAAGCGAAGCCAAGAAAGAGAAAAUGAGUUGCAACACGAAGUGGUGAAUGCCGAGAAGAAGAUCUCCAGCUUGGAAUACCAAUUGAAGACAACAAAAGAAAAGUUGGAUACCGCUGAACUGUCCAUCAGGGAUACUGAGAAACAGGUUCUUACCCUGAAGGAGGAGCUCAUGUUGUUCACGAAGAAAGAAGCAGAGAUGGCGGGAAACAACAAGCAAAGUGAACUCCUGCAAAAAGAAGUCAGAGAUCUCAAGGCGAGUAUCAGCGUAUAUCGUCAAGAGAUUUCAGAGAAGGAUGCUGAUAUCAAGAGACUUCAGGCAACCACAGCAGACAAGCAAGCCAUCAUGGAGGGGUACGUUGCCGAGAUUACCAGGAUGAAAGAUGCAGCAAAAACUGCUUCCUCACCAAGCCGAGAGUACGAGUCCUUUAAGCUUAAAUUUGAUGACGUUUGCAAAGAAAGGGAUUCCUUGCAGCGUGAAGUUGCCCGGUUGGUUGCGAAAAAACAGAAUGAAGUCUCCAUUCAGCUGGAAAGUCAGACUGUGGGCUACCGCAAGCAACUCCGUGACAACGAACUAACAAUUGAACGCCUGCGCAGUGAGAGCCUAAACUUAAAGUCUGAGAACGAGGCGCUGAGGGAAAGGGCUGUAUCAUCAGUUUCUCAGGUUGCAGGGAGGGAAUACGACUCACUUCAACGACGUUACGACAGCCUUUGGUCAGAGAAAGAGGUCCUACGAAAGGAAUUGGACGAGAUUAAGACCAGGGAUCGCAGUUCUUUCGUCAGCAUGGAAAACUACCGACAAGAAAUCAGGGAGAAAGAGAUCGCCGUAGACAGGCUCCGUUCCGAGAACAUCACUUUACAGGCCCAAAUCGAGGCUCUGAAGAGGGAGGCAGCUGACAUCAGCAGCAGCUCUUCAUACACCAUGAGGGUGCAGUCUAGUUCGGUUCAGCUGGAUAGCAAUGAAGAAUUCUACCGACAGGAGAUCAGAGAUAGAGAUUCUGUGAUUGAUCGUCUGAAGUCCGACACAAUGACCCUCCAAACUGAAAUUGAUGGGCUCAAGCGGGACAUGAGCGCUUGUUUCAGUAGGACCGAGUUCGAAGCUUUGAAAAUGAAGCAUGAUGAGAUAGUGAGAGAAAGAGAUAGUCUCCGUGAGCAGCUGAUGGAGGCCAGAUCAACCAGCGAAAGGGACGUGUCCAUUCACUUUGAAAGCCGGCUGGAAGGCUACCAGCAGGAUGUGAGAGAGAGGGAGGCCUUGAUUGACAGGCUACGCUCAGAGGAUCUAGUGACCAAGAGCGAGUUAGAAAUGCUCAAGAGAGAGGUUAGUGGAAAGUCCUCUGUAUCUGAUGGAUACCUGGGUGAAAUUGAACGCCUCCGCCAAGAUAUCGUGACCCUGAAGACCAGCAGUAGCGACUACGAGGCUCUAAAGAGAACCUAUGACGAGGUUUGCAAGGAGAGGGACUUUGUUCGAAAUCAGCUGAUGGAGUAUAAAUCUCAAAGUGAAAACGAGAUCACUACUCAUCUGGAAAGCUAUAUGGUAGCUUACAAACAGGAUGUCAGAGAGAAAGAGGUUGCCAUCGACAGGAUGCGUUCUGAGAAUACAACCCUAAGGGCCGAGUUGGAAGGACUGAAGAGAGAAAUGUCAACCUUUUACAAGAGGAAUGAGUACGAGUCGUUAAAGUUGCAAUUCGAUGAGAUGUGGAAAGAAAGGGAUGCCCUACGCGAAGAGCUGAUAGUUUUCAAGUCCAAGGCUGAGCGCGAUGUCUUGAUCCAGGUGGAAAACAAGACUGUCAUAUUCCAGAGAGAGAUCAGAGAGAAGGAAAUGGAAUGUGCUAAGCUUCGAUCUGAAAUGAUGUCAAUCCAGAUGAAUUUGGAUGUGUUUAAGCGAGAAGUGGAGAGCAAACAACACUUGAUCGAUGGUUACCUGGCAGAAAUUGAACGAUAUAAAGGCGACAUUAUUACAAUCAAGUCCACCACAGUCUCGAGCUCGGAAUACGAUUCGUUGAGGAGGAUGUACGAUGACAUACUGAAAGAAAGAGAUGCCCUGCGACUGGAGUUCAUUGAAUUCAAAUCAAACAGCGAGCGAGAAAUGUCUCUAAAGGUGGAUAGUCAGAUUAAGAUAUACCGAGAAGAGAUCAGAGAGAAAGAAAUCAUGAUCAGUAACUUCCGUUCUGAAAGUAUGAAGUUCCAAUCAGAGCUUGAGACGUACAAGAGGGAGGCAGACAGUAAACAGUUCAUGAUAGAAGGAUACUUGACAGAGAUUGAUCGUCUGAAGACCGAGAUCAGUGCGAUGAACAAGCGAAUUGUAGAAUUCGAGUCCAUAAAGCGAUCUUACGAAGAUGUCUGCAGAGAGCGAGAUUACAUCCAGAGGCAGUUCGAAGAUUUCAAGUCUAGGAACGAGCAAGAUAAGGCCCUUCAAAUUCAGAUCCAGACUGAUGGUUUUCGGCAAGAAAUUAAAGAGAAGGAGAUGGCCAUAGAGAGAUUCUCGGUGCAGAACAGACUUCUCAUAGAGGAAGUCGACGGAUUGAAGAGGGAACGCACUACUUUGUUUAGCAAGACAGAAUAUGAUUCUUUAAGGCAACAAUAUGAAGAAAUGUGGAAGGAAAGAGAUAUUCUGCGUGGACAGAUUUCCGAGAUAAAGUCUAAGAGCGAAAGAGAUCUUAUCGUCCAAGUAGAAAGCCGCACCGAAACCUACCGAACAGAAAUACGUGAGAAAGAAACAAUUAUCAGUCGCCUGCAGUCUGAAAACCUCAAGUACCAAACCGAAAUUGAUGGCUUGAAGAGGCAGCUUGGCAAUCAAGAGGCUUAUUUGGUGGAAAUUGAUCGCUUAAAGAUGGAAGUGAAUACGUUGAGGUUUCCAGACAUUCGUGGCAGCGCAGAGUACAUCUCCCUACAGCGAUCAUACGAAGAGAUCUGUAAGGAAAGAGAUGGACUUCGGGGCCAAGUGGUGGACAUCAGAAUAAAGGGAGAACAAGAACUUGAAGGCCAGGUAAAAAUCUAUCGUGAAGAGAUAAGAGAGAAAGAGAUUGCAAUUGACAGACUUCGAUCCGAGUGCAUGGCAUUCAAGGCGGACAUUGAGGGUUUGAAGAGAAGCCUUGGCAAUCAAGAGGCCUAUCUAGUUGAAAUUGAAAGCUUGAAGAAAGAAGUGAACACUUUGAGGUUUCCAGACAUUCGUGGCAGCGCAGAGUACAUCUCCCUACAGCGAUCAUACGAAGAGAUCUGUAAGGAAAGAGAUGGGCUUCGAGGCCAAGUAGUGGACAUCAGAGUAAAGGGAGAACAAGAGCUGGAAGGCCAGGUUAAAAUCUAUCGCGAAGAAAUCAGAGAGAAAGAGAUUGUAAUAGACAGACUUCGAUCUGAGUGCAUGGCAUUCAAAGCGGAAAUUGAGGGUUUGAAGAGAAGCCUUGGCAAUCAAGAGGCUUAUUUGGUUGAAAUUGAAAGCUUGAAGAAAGAAGUGAACACAUUGCGAUUCCCAGACAUCCGUGGUAGUGCAGAGUACAUCUCGUUACAGAGAUCAUAUGAAGAGGUGUGCAAAGAGAGAGAUGGGAUACGAGGCCAAGUUAUAGACAUCAGGAUGAAAGGAGAACAGGAACUUGAAAGCCAGAUGAAGAUCUACCGCGAAGAAAUAAGAGAGAAAGAGGUAAUGAUUGAAAAAUUACGUGUAGAGAACAUGUCAUUCAGAGCCGAAGUCGAAGGAUUGAAGAGAGACCUCGGCAGCCAAGAGGCUUACCUAGUGGAAAUUGAUCGCCUGAAGAAAGAGGUGAACACACUACGUUUUCCUGACAUUCGUGGUAGUGCAGAGUACAUUUCGUUGCAGAAAACAUACGAGGAAGUCUGCAAAGAGCGUGAUGGACUAAGAAGUCAGGUUAUUGACAUAAGGUUGAAAGGAGAGCAAGACCUCGACAACCAAGUGAAGAUAUAUCGUGAGGAGAUCAGGGAGAAAGAAAUCGCGAUGGAAAAAAUACGCGUUGAAAGCUAUUCAUUCAAGGCCGAAAUUGAUGGACUAAAGAGAGAUCUCGGUAACCAAGAAGCGUACUUGGCUGAGAUCGAGCGCCUGAAGAAGGAGGUCAAUAUCUUGCGAUUCCCAGACAUCCGUGGAAGCGCAGAAUACAUUUCUCUACAGAGGUCGUACGAAGAGGUUUGUCAGGAGCGUGACGGUUUGAGAGGUCAAGUUAUAGACAUAAGGAUGAAGGGAGAGCAGGAAUUUGAAGAAAAAGUGAAGAUCUACCGCGAGGAAAUCAGAGAGAAAGAGGUAGCAUUUGAAAAAAUCCGCAUGGAGAACAUAACAUUCAAGGCCGAAAUUGAAGGAUUGAGAAGAGAUCUCGGAAACCAAGAGGCUUACUUGAUUGAGAUUGAUCACCUAAAGAAGGAAGUCAAUACCUUACGAUUUCCAGAUAUCCGUGGUAGUGCAGAGUACAUCUCCUUGCAGAAGUCGUAUGAAGAGGUUUGCAAGGAGCGUGAUGGAUUGAGGGGUCAAAUUAUAGACAUAAGGAUGAAGGGAGAGCAGGAAUUUGAAGGAAAAGUGAAGAUCUAUCGAGAGGAAAUCAGAGAAAAAGAAGUGGCAUUUGAAAAAAUCCGAAUGGAGAACUUGACAUUCAAGGCCGAAAUUGAUGGACUUAAGAGAGAUCUCGGUAACCAAGAAGCGUACUUGGCUGAGAUCGAGCGCCUGAAGAAGGAGGUCAAUAUCUUGCGAUUCCCAGAUAUCCGUGGCAGUGCAGAGUAUAUAUCCUUGCAGAAGACGUACGAGGAAGUUUGCAGAGAGCGUGAUGCACUCAGAGGACAAGUGAUUGAUAUUAAGAUGAAGGGAGAACAGGAAAUUGACAACCAAGUAAAGAUCUACCGAGAAGAGAUAAGAGAGAAAGAAGUAGCAAUGGAGAAAAUGCGUGUAGAGAGCUACUCAUUCAAGAGCGAAAUUGAAAGUUUGAAGAGAGAUCUUGGAAAUCAAGAAGCCUAUCUGAUUGAAAUAGAUCGUUUGAAGAAAGAAGUAAACACACUGAGGUUUCCCGACAUCCGCGGUAGCGCAGAGUACAUCUCUUUGCAACGAACAUACGAAGAAGUUUGUAAAGAGCGUGAUGGCCUUAGAGGACAAGUAAUUGAUAUAAAAAUAAAGGGAGAACAAGACAUUGAAAGUCAAGUGAAGAUCUACCGUGAGGAAAUGAAAGAGAAGGAGGUAGCCAUGAACAACUUCCGCUCAGAGGUUAUGACACUGAGAGCAGAAAUUGAAGGAUUAAAGAGGGAGCUGGCCACCACGAAGCAGCGAAGCGAGAUGGAAGUGGAACGUGUGAGGAAGGAAUCGAUGGUAAUUAGCCCCUCAGUCCUUCGUAGUAGCGCCGAGUUUGUGUCUCUGCAACAUUCAUUCGACGCUGCUUGCCAAGAGAGAGACAGUCUUCGCCAGCAGAUUAUUGAGCUCAGGUCAAAGAACGAGCGAGAAGUGGCAAUCCAUAUCGACAAUCAAGUACGAGUGUACCGAGACGAGAUUAAGGAGAAAGAGGCUGCAUUGGGGUUAUUGCGUUCUGAGGCAAUCUCCAUGCGCUCUGAAAUUGAGUCGCUCAAACGUGAGCUGCGCAUCGCAAAGGAUACUCCAGCUCAAAAUCCGAAGGUUGAACAAGAGCUGUUUAACUUGAAAGCAAAAUAUUCAAAGCUUCAAGAAGAGUAUGACAUAUUGGUGCUUGCAAAGAGCAAACUGGAAGAGGAGAUGGUGAUCAAGAUCAACAGUGGAAUGGCCGACAAGCAAGAAUACAUCUACAAGCUUGAGAAGGACAACAGGGAGUUGAAGUCUUCCAAUGAGUAUUACGAGAAGACCGUGGAAGAGAAGAAUGCUGCUAUCAGUGAUAUGCGCCUGAAGAUUGCAAGCUUGCAGAAGAAGAUCGAAAACUUAAAAAAAGACGUAUUUGUCGCCGAUGAAGCCUAUGAAAAAGCAGAGCUCCGACUGAAGGAAGUUUUGAAGUCAGAGUACAAGCCAGUGACGACCUACGAGGUGCGUCGCUACAGAACUACUUCAACAGCCGACUCCCCGACUUUCAGCAGUUCAACGUCAACUUACACGGUAAAGAAGACGUCCACUGAUACUAAUGGUCUAGAAUUCAGUGCCACCUCUACGCCAAUGAAAUCCGCCGUAGAGGGAGAACGCAGCGAAGUUAUUCGCAAGAGUGCUGUCGUCUCAUCAGCUCCGCUUGACAGUGACCUGGCAAGGGCUGAAGGAAACUUUAACAACAGUGAGGAUGUCGCCGCAACCUCAAAGACGAUUCUGAUCACAAAUGUCGCCGACGGAGAUUCUGCUGAGGUUGGAAGUGCCGGGUCUGCCAAAUCGACCGUAUACCGUUCUUCGUACUCCAGUCAACCAUCCGUGUACAGAACCAGCGGCACCACUUACCGCACUACUACAGGGCGUACCUCUGUCACAGGAGGGUCGGGCUAUAGCCGUACAUCGUACCCUACCGGACGUAAG